AUGAUGUAUAAAAAAAUUAAAUUACUUCUUUUUAUAAAAAUUAAUGCUUUUCUUCUUUUAUCGUGGACUUUUCCAUUUAACAAUAAUACUUCUAUUAAUUUCCUGAAUGAGAACUAUAAUCUUGCUGGAAAAUUGAGUAAAAGUAAUUAUCGAUUACUUGGAAAAUAUAAGCACGACAAGGAUUCAAGUAUUGUGACGUUAAAAGAAGAUACAUUAAACAAUAGAGUGCGCACAAAAAAUCAUAUAUAUAAUGAUAAAAAAGAGACAAAAGGAAAACACAAGCAGUCCAAUAGAAUAUUAUUAAAUAAGGCACAAUACUAUACAGAAUUUAUAGAUUAUAAUAAUGGAAUGUUUGACGGAAAGCAUUUCCAUUUUGAAAGAAAAUUUAUGAAAAAAAAAGAUUAUGAUAAUUUUGUCGAGAAAAAAAAAAGAACUCGUGAUAUAGCUUUAAAAAAAAUAAAAUUUAGAAGUUACGGAUUUGGAAUUGCUACGUUUUUGAUUUUUUUCUUGUUGGGAUUUGGAUUACCCAUAUCGUAUGGAUAUGAGAUGGUUAAGGAUGCAACUUUUACACCAUUUAAAAGUUGUUGGGAAUUUAUAUAUAACAAUUUAGGUCUAAAACAAAUUAUAGAAGCAAUAAAAUCUUUAGUAAACCAAGAAUCAGGAGGAGGAGCAUUAUCACAGGCAGGAGUACCAGGAGUAGAAUAUUUUUAUAUAGGAAUAUUUUGCCUACUUAUUAUUGUAUUAGCUAUCAUACUUAUAGUAACAAUUCCUAAGAUAUUAAGAAAUAAUGAAAAAUAUAAAAAAAUUAAGUAUAUGACUCAGUGA